UUCCUGCAAACACACACACCGUCUCCGGGCGAACAUGGCGGCAACUUGACAACGGCAGCGCGAUGAAGACGGUGAGGGCUUGAAAAAAAGCAGAGAGGUAUGUGACAGGCUCAAGGCCCAUCCGCCGACACAAAGGCUCACCGCUUCGCCAUGUUGGAAGAGGAAAGCAGCCUUGUCCCUGUACGACCGAGGCCGGGGGAAACGUAAACGCGUCGGUGAGUGUUUCUAAAAACGGAGUCGAGGCUACGCAGAGGAGCGGAGCGGCGCGGAGCUCGAGGCGGACGGGAGGACAGCGGCUUCACCGGCCAGCCAUGGAGGAUGCGGCCCGUGGUCGCCUGAUUCCCCAUCAUACCCACGCGAUUUUUGAUGGGAAUUAUCGCUGAUAUCAAAGGCCAGCCGGGACAACCCACCACCCGACACCUGAGGGGAGGAAAACGCGACGCGGACCCCACGUCAAUGACUGUUGCGGCAGAGGAGCCCCCACGGUGGAGUCGGCCGGUUCCCAAAAUAUGACCAGGGGUGCUGGGACGUGUUGGCAGCAAGAAGAUGACGACGGCUUCCAAAUCUGGCUAGAGCCCCCCCGCGACAACCAAAAGCCAUUCACCGACUCAGAGAGGGCGCAGAGAUGGCGACUGUCCUUGGCAUCCCUCUUGUUCUUAACCAUCCUCCUCUCUGAUCACCUGUGGUUCUGCGCCGAGGCCAAACUGGCCCGCACCCGGGACAAGUUCGCCUCCUCCCACCUCCUCUCACCCCACACCCACUCAGCACACAGCAGCCUCAGAGGAAACCCAGAUGCUAUUUUUAUAGGAAACUCUACCAAACAUUUGUGGCGGCUGGAAACUUGCCACCAGGAUAGUUUAUCUCAGAACUGCUUCGCUUUCGCAGAUGCCGACCAUUUGUGCAGGGGCCUUUCCGAGCAAGAGGGAACGCGGGCUGUAAAUAUGAGCGAUUUGUACCUCUCCUUUUGUAACUCCUACUCUCUGCUGGAUUUGCUCGACGGCUCCACGAGUCCGGACAAUUUGAACUGCAGCCUCGACGUGCUCGGCGACGGCGACACGACCAGGUGCAGCCUGUGCGUCCAGGCGUACCAGCGCUAUGACCAGCACGCCCAGGAGAAAUACGAGGACUUUGAGCUCCUGAGUCAGAAGUACGAGCCGGGCGCUUAUUCAGUGAGGACGUGCAUGGAACAGUGCAAGACGGCCUAUAAGCCCUGGCUGUGUGCUCAGUAUUUCCCCACCACGCAGCAGUCGUGUCAGAGGAAAGUACCGUGCCACCAGUACUGCCUGGAGGUCCAGCAGAGCUGUCCGUUCAUUCUGCCCGACAACGAUGACCUGAUCCACGGCGGCAGCCCCAGCUUCAUCUGCACAGGACUCUUAGGAGAUCGUCAGUCAGACAGUGAGGCGGAGUGCUGCGACGUCCGAUGGGACUCCAAAAUGGACAACCCUUCAGGCGGGACGCUAAAAAGGACUGCUUCUUCCUGCCAGCCUGAGGGGGCCACGGUCACCUCCGCCGCCACCCCCAGACUGUGCAGCGGGCGACUGAAGAUCUGCCUGCUGGCUCUCGUCCUCCUACACACUGUCAUCGUCAUUUCAGCCUCCCAUAAUUCUACGUUGGUGGGCAUGGCUGCCAUCUUCUCACCAGAGGAGAGUGCUUCUAAUGAGGAGUGAACCUUGGGGUUGAAGCUUGUGAGGAGUGAUGAUGCUCUAGAGGACUGUGGCUUUUUACACUGUUGUGGCCGCCAGGGACACAUGUGGCGAGACACACUGGAAAUGCCUCUACAAUCUGCCGUAGAUGAACCAUCAACCACAGGUAGUGGGAGGGUUUUAACUGGAGCUAAGGGUGCUGGGAUUGGACAUCGACAAACCGAGACGUUUGGGAACCACCCCCCUGAAGAACUGACCUCUUGCCACUUGAAACCUGCUCAUUGUUUCUAUUCCAUCCAAAUGUUUUCUAGCAUAAUGUCCCUCCUCUCCUUACUUCCUCCCUUCCUUCCCUCCACCCUCUCCCUCUGUCUCAGCGUAUGUGUGUGUGUGCAUGUGAACAGCAAAUUCGGGGGAAAACAGACAUUGAUGGAGUGUGUGCAUUCUUGCUCAUCAUUACCCUUUAGAUAUUUUGCUGCAUUAUUUUCACGUGCCAGAAUGUUGUUGACAUAUCAGCUGUUCCACUUCCUGCUCUGCAUCAUUACCUUACAGGCAUCUUCUUAACUACCUUUUGUGUCAUGUUGCUCGAGGGCCUGCCAGAACCAGCUCAUCCAUGCUUCAUGUCUUUUGUGAUUCUUCUAUAUUCUCAUGUCCAGCUUCUGUUUUGUACUUUUUUCUUUGACAGUACAUGUUUUAGGACCUUAAGUGCUCUGAGACUGGCUCUCUCCCUCUUCUAACUUGUUGGGCCAUUUAGCAAGUUAGGAAAGAUGAAGAUAGUGAUGGUUCACCUUACAAUUAUGGGGUGCUGAAGGAGUUGACGCUGGGCUUUACUGUACUCUACAGGAAGCGGUGGUCGAGUGUUGGGUUUACCUCAGAGGGUAGGGUUGAGUAUUUACAGUUGACAUGCAUUUGACUGUAGGGACAUCCCAGGGACACUAGAGGGCAGUUUUGUGAAGCCAAAACACUUGGGGCCUCAUUUAUCCACCAAACAGGCAUUUGUCCUAGAAUGUAACUCCUAGACACUGAAAAUAAAACAUAGGAUGUAAAACUCACAUUACAUUAAAUUCUAAGGAUUUGAUUUUAUUACAGAAAAAAAGAGAAAAAAAAAAGGUUGUGUUAUGAACAGCAUAUUACCCAUACACAUACGCCAUCCUCUUUUUAUUAUUAUUAUUUUGUACUUUUGCAGAUUUAUGUUGCUGUCAAACAGACUUUUUCUGGCCGGUUUGUAAACCACUCCCUGGUCACACCAAAGUCCACACAGCAAAUCACUGAUUUUAUAUCACAGCUCACAGGAGUUAACGAUCCACUGCUGCCUCCAUCAGUAAGUUCAAACAUGUUAUCUUGUGAGGUCGGCGUUCGAAAUUCUUUGUACGGAUUUACCUAAGUGACACAAACUUAUCAAUUGAGGCAGCAGUAGACCAGCAGCUCUGAAGUCCCCGCCAGCUAAAAACGCUGAAUUUCUCUAUGGACUUUGGUGAGGGAGAUUAAGUGGCUUAUAAUUGUCAGUUUCCAGCAGAAAAAUGUCUUGCAAUGCAAAAUAAAGGAGCAACAACUUUUAAGUAUAACCAUUUUUAAGUGCGUCCCAGCUGGCAAUCUAGGAUUGUACCUAUGAUAUAUUUUUUCUAAAACUAUGGCUUUAGUUUUGCUUUAAAGCGACUUAAACUCGGUUGGCCAUAUUUGGCAACCUGGCGUUGUUUCACCGUCUAAAUGAGCUUUUAUUUGACAAGAUUAAUCCACUUCAUGAAGGUGUUAACAAACAUUAUUUACAGCAGUCCUAGCUUUGGUUUGACAAGUGAGGCCCCCGGACCUUUGAGUGCCUCUCUGCUGCAUAACCCACUGAGGCAGACACUGGCAAUGGAGCAAUAUAGAGAAGAAGAGUCUCACUUUGUGGCCUCUUCACUGCAGUCCGACUGAGGAACACACAGCUAAUCAAUCAAUCAACCAAUCAAUCAGUCAACUCUUAAAUCACCCUUAGACAAGCUGAUCGACCACUAUCUUUCACUGGCAAAGGGCUGUGUUAGUGUCAGUGAGCAAAGAGCGUGAGGAGUUUUAAAGGGCUGAUUCAUCCCAUUUUGUUUGUUCUUUUUUUUUUUUGCAUGCCUCUUUCCACAAAAGUGCACAGUGACAGUGAGAACCGGUCACACAAGGAAUUAAGAAGAGAUUAAACUCCCCAUGUCAGCUAGAGAUUGGACAGCAAAAGAGAUGUAUCCCUACUAGUGACAAGUGAUUGGGGAUAAUUAAGGCUAUGUUCACAUUACCAGGCUGAUUUAUUUCAGGGCGAAAUCCCACUGUCAAAUCCAAAUGUCAGUCCUUGAUCAGAUAUAUAUACAGUAUGUGAAACCAAUCAUAUCCAAAUCCAGCAUUGCCAAUGUGCACUGGCAGAAUUAAACACACAGUACGCAAUUUCCACUGCUGCAGUCAAAACAAUAACACAAGACCUAGUUUAUUGACACUGGGAGUCGCGUGAAUUGUAACUAGUAACUAACUACACAUUUCCUUCCUUAAUAGUUUAAAGGGGGUGUGUACCCGUUAUAACAGAAACGUCAUUAAAAGGCGACCAAAAUGAAAUUGACCUUGAAUAGAAAUACUGAUUUUUUUUAUUAUUAUUUUAUUUCAAGAAUUAAGACAAAAAAGACACGACUCAAGAAAAUAUAUAACAUUACACUAUACUAUACUAUAAACGUUUUAAUGCAGAAAUGUUACAUUUGCAGCCACGUUCAGACGCAAGCUUUGUAGUGUGAAUGUGAACCAUCAAAUCUGAUCUGAUUUGAGUCGGAUUUGAACACUGUGGCUGGUAAUCUGAAUGUAGCCUUAGUGGUUUCCCUCUGAUGGUCAGAGACUGGAGUUAACUCCAUCUCCUACGUUGUUGAUGGCUGGGAAGACGUGGUAUCAGUGCCUCCUCCCUUAACCAUUAACCUCACUUCACGUAAUGACCUUUGAUUCACUCUCCACACACACACACACACACACACACAUAUACUACAUGCAGCAUCAGAGUGUGUUGUCAGAUGGACGUCACGUCUACACCUGCCUCUCCUCUGGGUGCCUCAUAGUUUUUAGCCCCCUUUUUACUCUCCUCUCCCCCCGUUUUUUGCUUGAUAUCCUCUUGCAAUGUUCUCAUUCUGUUUGGUUGUUUUCUCCGCGACAAAGUGUGUUGACGAGAGCGACGUGUCACAGGCCCACACUUUUGUUGUGCUCCGUGCCCUCGAUCUCUAGCUGUUCAUGAUCUGAGUCAUGUGGAUCUAUGCAGAUGAGCCCCACCCUGAACUCACCGCUCACCCCCUUUACCCUCUAACCACCACCACCACCAUCUCCAUCUCCACCUCCACCACAAGCCCCCUUGUCCUUUCUGUUGUAAAUAUGUCCUGAGGAUGUGGGAUCCCCAAAAUGGCUGCCUCCCCUUCCACUGACCCCAACCCCACCCCACCCCACCCCCACUGUUGGAAUCUCAGUGUUUUCUGUUUGCCUCCUUGGUUUGUGUCUGUUUUUUGAGACUUUUUGCCGCAUUUUUCUGUUGUCUAAAGCAGUGGUGUGAGUUGAUGAGUAGGACUAAGUUGGAUGUUAAAAAGAUGAAAUAAAGAGGUCUUAAAAAUAUAUACAAAAAAUGUGGAGCUUGAAAUUGAGAAAAAGGGUUCAAAUAUAGAGAAAAAAAUUAUGAUAACGUUGUCAUAUUGUCAUACUAGAGAUGCUUUAGUUUGCUAAUUUACUUUCUUUUUUUUCUACAAAAAGACUUGGAUGAAAUUAUUUAUAAAAUGCGUCCCACGAGUCAUGAUCUUUUUUGGACGUAAA